CUUACGUGAUUGUGUUAAGCUAAACAGUUCUAAAUUAUUUGACAGUGAACAUCACAUAGAGCAGGAUGUCUCCACUAUCAUCCAAGACAGCUCUGCUGUUGGUGACAUUAUGUGCCACACUCUACUGUGUUCCUGCUAUACCAGCACCCAGUCCAACCUCUACUGCAGUAGGCACAGGAGACCUGUACUCUGCUGUCUCUAAGCUCCAGCUUAAGGUUGAACACCAAGCCAUGCUACUGAACUCACAGUCAUUGUUACUUAUGCAACAAAUGCAGUUGCUUAAUCAGCAAAAGCAACAGUUAGAACUUCAAAAACGAGAGCAUGAACUUCAAAAGCAGCAAAUAGAACAGCAAAAGCUGCAAAUCAAUCAACAGAGACAACAGAUUGUUCAGCAAAAGCAGCAGUACAAAUCACAUUUUCCUCCAGAGGACUGUAAAAGUCUGCUGGUGUCUGGAAAAAAUCCACUCCCAGGUGCCCAGAUUAAAGUUACUUCAUCCAUAUAUCCAUAUGAGGAAGCUGCAAGAAUAUACUCAAUACAAGAUGGUAAACUCUCAGGGAGCUGGGCACCACAAACACAGAACAGAUACCAGUGGCUGCAGUUUGACUUUGGAAGAGUUAGAAAAAUAACUGCAGUUUUAACAAAGGGGAGAAAUAUAGCAAUAGGCACAGGAGGACAUAAAUAUCCACAGUUUGUCCAAGAAUAUCAGCUCCAUUAUGGUAACAACACACUGUUAAUGAGAGCAUACCAAGAUGUCAAAGGUCAUAUUCAGUCAUUCCCAGGCAAUUUUGACCAGGAUACCAUUCAAGAGAAUGUCCUUCCCAGUCCGAUAUAUGCACGAUAUCUUCGCAUAAAUCCAGUGUUAUGGAAAGGUUACAUAAGUAUGAGAGCAGAUGUCCGUGGAUGUUAACAGUUUUAUAAUUAUUUGAAGAGGAUAACUUUUGAAAUAUUCUCCAAAGGAGAGAGGCAAUAUCAGUAAUUAUUAUUGUUGUCUGACGUGAGAGUUUGUAGGUGGCAAGUACUUUUGAAUAGCAUCAAGAACUAAUGUGAUAGUGAUUGCAGUUAACCAUCUUCUGAUAUGCUACCACUGGGUUAAUAUAUGUUAUCUUUAUUUAACUAAAUAUUAAUAUAUAAAAAAAUCUUAAAUUACUGGUACUAAGCUCAUACCAGCACCUACUUAGCAUUCUUUUUUUUUUUUUUUGGAUAAAUAAAAACAUGGUCAAAGCUAUUGCUGUUAAUAAUUAUUUAUUUUUAUUAUAUCAGACUCCUUAAAUUAGAUAUGCAGAGCCUUCUGUACAUCAUAGUAUCAGGAGUUAAAUAAACUUCAUUAUUUCAAUUCACUUUCAAGAUUUGGUUUUAUCUGGUGGGUCAAGUUUUUUUAUAUCAUGUACAUCCUUUUAACAGAAU